AUGGAUAUGUUUGAUCUGACAACUGUCACAGUGAGUAUAUCCCUUGCUUUGGCAGAAGCAAAGAAUUAUACCUAUUGGGCCUAUGUAUCUAAUCCCCUGUUGCUAAGACCUGUUAAUUGGGGUGAAGGAUCUAUCCCAGUUUAUGUUAAUGACUCCUCCUGGAUCUCUGAUCCAGAAGACAAGCUUUUGCCCAUUCAUAAAAAGGAAGAGGGGACCCCCUUUAAAAGUACUUUGGGUUUUGAUACUUGGCCUGUUUGCAAGGGUGCUGACCGUAGCUGUCUUAAUCUAUCAGUGCAGGCUUGGCUUUCUGUAAAUUCUUUGAACAGAUAUCACACUAAGGCUCAGCUACAUUUACUUUCUGGAUUGAGCUUUGGAUAUCAAGAGACUGAUCAAAUUAAUCUAACCAAGCUGGAUAGACCCUUAUGUGAGAGCAGACCCAUACGGGCCAACCGACAAGAUCAAAUACACUGGGAUAAUUGCCGCAGGAUUGAAGGGGUGAUCUUACUUAAUGGUUCCUAUGGAAUAGUUUGGGACUGGUCCCCUAAGGGGACUAACUGUACCUUGAAAACCGUGCAAAAGAGCGCCAGCUACGGCGGACGGCGCAGAAGCGUGGCAGUGAGGAGCUACCCCACGCCCAAGGUCAGGGGUAGCGACCGAGAGCGAGCCCAGGAGCAGCGGCCUAGAGGAGCUUCCCCACGCCCAAGCUCAGAUUAUAGUGGCAUUAGAGAAAAGCAGCCAUUGCUACACAGGUGGUGGGAUAUGCAGAAUCAUCUGAGUCUCAUGGUGCGAAUAACUCAGAAAGGCACCAGCCUGGGUGCCUAA